AUGAAUCUGAGCGGCUCCGGGAUCAGACCUGUGAAACUCCUCAGAGGUGCCAACGCCAAGCUGCGUUACCAGAUCACCGCAGGAAACACGAUGGGCACCUUCGACGUCGAGCCCGAGGUGGGCACCAUCUUCGUGGCUCAGCCGCUCGACUAUGAAAUGGAGCAGCGGUACGAGUUACGGCUGGUCGCCUCCGACGGGAAGUGGGAGAACGAGACGCUGGUUGUCGUCCAGGUUGUCAACCGCAACGACGAGGCGCCCGUCUUCAGCCAGACCGAGUACCACGCUGCCGUCACCGAGGAGCUCACGCAGCUGCCUGUCUUCAUGCUGGAGGUGUCGGCUACAGAUCCGGACCAGGAGGCCGACCAGACAGCGCUCCGAUACUCUCUGCACGGCCAGGGCGCCGGAGGCGAGUUCACCAUAGACGAGUGCACCGGAAGAAUCUACGUCCAGAGGCGCCUGGACCGGGAGGAGCGUCCGGCCUGGAGGUUCCUGGUCCUCGCCACAGACGAGGGAGGGGCGGGACUCACAGGAUUCGCAGAUGUGCUGCUGGAGGUCAGAGACGUCAACGACAACGCGCCCUUCUUCCCAUGCCCGGCCCUGGAGGUGGACGGAUGUUUUGUCGGCCAAGUGCCUGAGAACUCGCCCGCUGACACCUCGGUCAUGGAGAUGCGCGCCAUGGACCUGGACGACCCCAACGAGGGCAAGAACGCUGUGCUGACCUACAGCAUCAUCAAGAACGUCCGCAACGACAUCAACCUCAACCUGUUCUCCAUCAACGCCAGCACAGGGACCAUCUACACGGUGCUGCGCUCUCUGGACCGCGAGGUGGAGGACUGCUACCUGGUGGUGGUCGAAGCCAGGGAUGGAGGAGGUUUGGCGGGAACGGGGACCGCCACCAUCAUGGUGUCAGAUGUCAAUGACCACCCGCCCGUCUUUACUCAAAGGGUCUACACUGCUCAGGUGACGGAGGACCUGGAGGUGAACAGCGAGAUUCUUGUAGUUUCUGCCACAGACGGAGAUGAGGGUGAGAACUCCGUGGUAACCUUCAGCAUUGUUGGCGGUGACGAGGACAGGAAGUUCUUUGUCGAGACGGACAAAAUGAACCGUCGCGGUGUGAUAAAACUCAAGAAGAAGGUGGACUUCGAGAAGCCCCGUGAGAGGAUCUUCAACCUGACGCUGAAGGCUGAGGAUGCCGACUUCUUCAGCCUGGCCUACUGCCUCGUUCAGGUGGAGGACGCCAACGACCACGCCCCCGUGUUUUUCCCACAGUUCUAUGAGUCGGCGGCCAUGUCCGAGGACGUCCCCAUUGGUACGAUCGUCGCUCAAGUGACAGCUUCGGAUCUGGACUCGGGUCAAAACGGCCGUUUCUCGUACAGUAUCUCCAAAGACUCGGACCCCUUUGGUCAGUUCCUGGUGGACCAGUCCGGCUGGGUGGUCGUGGCCGAUUCUUUGGACCGAGAGAAAGUCUCGCAGCACAGGAUCAUGGUCCUCGCCACAGAUGCCGGGACCCCACCCAUGACCGGCACUGCCAUCGUCAUGGUAACCGUUCUCGACAUCAACGACAACGGGCCGGAGUUCGAGGUCUUCUACAAGCCGGUGGUUUGGGAGAACACACCGGCGCCGCAGGCGGUUCAAAUGAACGAAACCUCCCUCCUCCUCCACGCCACUGACCGGGACACCUCCGCCAAUGGCGGGCCGUUCUCCAUACGGCUCCUCAUGCUCACCUCAGAUGCCACCAACUUCAAUUUGACGGACUUUCGUAACGGCAGCGCGGCCAUCACCGCCCUCCGGACCUUCGACCGCGAGCGGCAGAAGGAGUACCGCCUCCCGAUUCUCAUGAUUGACAGCGGCUCUCCUCCAAUGAGCUCCACCUCCAUGCUGACCGUUGUCAUUGGUGACCGGAACGACCACCCACACUCACCGGGACACACCCACUUCAUCGUCUAUAGCUACGAGGGUAUUCUCCCGACGACGGUGCUCGGACGAGUUCAAUCCCCCGACCUUGAUGACUGGAGCCAGAAGGUGUACCGCUUCGAGGGCAAACAGUCCAGGUUGUUCAGUCUGAACCAGACCUCAGGUCAGCUCAGCGUCAGGGAGGGGACCCCUCCGGGCUCCUACUGUCUGCAGGUGCGUGUGUCGGACCACACCUGGCCCGACGUCACCUCCACAGCUCAGGUGGACGUCAGGGAGCUGCAGCAGGACGCCCUGAGGAACGCCGCCUCCAUCCGCAUCAGCAACCUGACGCUGGAGGAGUUUUUCAGCAGCAGUAGAGGCGAGGAGAGUCGUUUCUCCUGUCUGGGUCGACUGUUGGCUGACCUGCUGCAGACUUUGCCAGAAAACGUCCAGAUCUUCUCGGCGAGCAACGCCGGCCAGCGUGGGGAGAAGGCCGUCACCGUGUGGUUUUCCGCUCACGGCUCGCCGUACUACAAGGCGGAGAAGCUGCACGGUUAUGUGGCGGCAAACAAAGCCAAGCUGGAGUCCGUGUUGGGCCUGACCAUCUCUCAGGUGGGCGUGGACGAGUGUCCGCACACCGACUGCAGCCAGUCUGGAGGCUGCAGCAGCGGGGUUUCCUUCAGCCACGCCCCCGUGGCUCUCAGCACCGGGAACACCUCUCUGGUGUCGCUGGCGGCCUCGGUGGUGGCGCAAUGCGGGUGCCGCGGCCGAGAGGCCGUCCACCUGCCCUGCUCCGCCUACCCCGCCAACCCCUGCCUCAACGGGGGCUCCUGCCAGGACGGGCCGCUGGGAUACAGGUGUAAGUGUCCUCCCAUGUUCGACGGCCCCGAGUGCCAGCAGACCAAACACAGCUUCGGCGGGCGGGGCUACGCCUGGUUCCCUCCCAUCAUGCCUUGCUUCCAGAGCCACAUCUCCCUUGAGUUCCUGGCUGAGUCGGCCAACGGGCUGCUCCUGUACGACGGGCCGCUCGGCCCCGCCCACUCUGGGGAGCAGGAGGACUUCAUCGCCGUCGAGCUGAGAAACGGAGUUCCAGCUCUGAGCAUCAACCACGGAUCAGGAACUCUGACGCUGCAGCUGCCGCCAAAAUCCACCGCCACCGACCGCCGCUGGCACCGCCUCGACAUCAUCAGCGACGGGAAGGCCGUCCAGCUGAUCCUGGACCAGUGUGGUGGGUCUGCGGUGAAUGAGCUGGAGGGAGUCGGAGGAGACGCUGAGGAUGUGGACGAGUCCAGCUGCAGAGCAGCAGGAGAGACGCCUGGAGACCAGAGGAAUCUGAACGUCUUUCAGCCUCUUCAGUUGGGAGGAAUGAAGGAAACGUCUCCUCAUCGACGUUAUCGCAGUUUCACCGGCUGCAUCCGAAACCUGGCGGUCGACAGUCAGGGGCGUCGUGUCCACAGAGACAUCUGCCUCGCUGACACCAAAGUGACCUUCACACCCUCCCACUGUCUGAUCAGUGUGGUGCAUAUGGCAAGAAAAACUACAGAGACUUUGGCCAGCUGUCCUGUCCACACUGAGACUGAUAGAUCCAGUAAUCGAGCUGUUAAUGACAUCUUCUGGAUCUCGGCCAAUUUCCUGUUGCCGACUCAGCCUGUUCCCGACCAACCCUCCGUGCCUGCCACCCGGUGUACCUACCUGCCUUCUGUCCCUGACCACGUGCUUCGCUUCGGCGUUCCGCAUCUCUGA